CCUCACAUUGCUGCGUCCCGUCAGCACGCUUCAGCCCGUACCUCAUGGCUCCCGUACCGCACGCCCUAGCACUGCUGCUCGGCGCGCUGCUCGCCCUGGCCCCGAGGAGCGCCCUGGGUCGCUUCGGUGACCGGGUGACGGACGUGGUGGACGACGACAGGUUCGAGGUGAUGGGCCAGGCGUACGUGCAGACCUUCACCGUCACUAACGACGUGGUGGAACUGGAAGUCGUGGUCGAGGACACGGUGGAUGUGUACGAGUUCUGGUUGGUGGAUUUCCAGCCUUACGAGUUCAGCCCUAACGGCACGUUGUUUAACAAGAACACGGGAGAGAUGGAGCGACAGUACACCUCGCCGUGUGCCAGCUCAUUCUGGCGACUGGACCUGUUCAGCCCCACAUACGGUUAUCCAUUUCCCUUCACGGACGCAGGAAGCUUCGUACCGACCAACGGCAGUGAAGAAGGCGGCGUGCCACCCAAGCUGCUGUACAACUACUACUUCAAGAGUCCUCCCUACAACAUCACGGACAACAGGGGCGAGCGGGUGGAGCGCACUACCAACAGGAUGCUGUUCCAAGGAUCGUCCUACCGCCUGUUUAACUGUACUGACACGAGCGGCGGCACGGUGUGGCGCUACACCAACCAGACGGAAACGGUGGAGUUCCGCUCAACCGUCUACUUCACCAACAUCCGACCCAUCGAAGUAGCAGACCUCACCAAGGGCCACUCGUACGUCCAGUCCCACGCGGAGCUGAUCUACCGGAUCUCGCGGAUCGCCCUGGUGAACGUGGUGGUCAGCAGCUCGGCGCUGGUCAAGCCGCUGCUGAAUUACGUCAUCAUCUCCCCUGGUUACGAACCGGACGGCACGCCGGCCACGGACCUCGCUACGGUCGAGAUACAGUUCACGACGUCCACACAGUCCCCUUCCGGAGAACGGAACCACUACAUCCACUCGGGCACUUCCCUAAACUACACGGCGGACUACGUCAGUCUGCACGACCUGGACACCGUCACGUCCUACCCCACCACCACGCCGCCUUGUGUCAUCACCAACGGGGCCAUCAACCUGUGUACCCAGACCUGGACGUUCAUUGUUGUUCUGAAGAUCACACCGCGGAACGUGGACGACGGUCUCCCCGUAGACGCCUCAGGAGUGUUCACGUUCCGGUUCGUGACGGAGCGGUGUAACGACACGACUGCUGACGAGUCUUCUGCAAACUGCACCAUCGUGGACAACAUCAACCCUUCUGUCAUAUCCAUGAACAUCACUAUUCAGACGGUUGUGGACCUGUCCGACGAGGACCGGGACAACCCCUGGCUGGUCGUGUCUAAGCUGUCGGGCGCGGAUAACCUGGACCUGCGCGGAGGGUUCGCGGCCGGCCGCAGGGGGGUCAACCACCUAGAGGACAUCCGCAUGGAAGUCAAGUUCUAUCCGGAGUUUCUGUGGGACUACUUCACCCUGGACCUGAAACUGUUCAUGGUCUGCAUUGGAGACCAGACCAGCCAUCCUACAGGUUGUCUGGCGGUUACUAAGGACAACCGCUACAUCGCCCACCUGGAGGAUGACUUUAAGUACCAGUACGUAGACACGGGUGGCGUUACUCAACAUCUCAACAUCAGCGACAUCCAUGUGAAGAAGUCUGGUGAACUCACCUCUAGUGAAGAGGUGGAAGAAGAGGAUGCCGAGUGGGAUCCUGCUAACCCCCAACAGAGCCUCAACACCCACGGGUACAACACCACCCACCACGUGUACUACAUGGAGUUUACCAACACGGCACUGUCAUCCGAGAGGAACUCUUACACCAUCACAACAGUGUACCGACUGAUCGAGAGGCCGGGUAGGAAGAGGAGAGAGGUGACAGAUGUUACUGACGUUAUCCUGAACAGUCAUGUGGUCAAGCGGGACAUCAUCAGCAGUGCACAGCUGCCACAAGGAAACCACAUCGCGUUUGAGUUCCUGGGGUGUCCGGACGGAUCUGACUACAACAAAGACUCUCGCCACUGUGAAUGCACGACCCAUGACCACCUGUACAGUAAGGACACCUUCCAGUGUGAACCCAUCGACGUGAAAUCUGAUGACCGUACUCCGACUAAGGACAGUGGAGCAGCUGUUGUCAUCGCCAAUAUGUCUCUGAUAGGUUCCCUUGUUGUUAUAUGCAUUCUGGGUCUUUAUGAAGGGUGAUCCUACAAGUUUUUGGAACUCGUAAAAUGCGUCAGAAUCUGUCAAUGUAUGUAAACUGUAGUUCUGAAACAAGAAAGGAUAGCAUAACAAGUUCUUUAAAAAAUAUUCGUGGUGAAUACAAAGUGCAAUCCAGCUUUCUGGUAAUCGUGAAAUGUAUAAGAAAGUGUCUAUUAUGUGCCUUGAAAAACUAUACAAAAAUAUUUAAACCUUUAGAAUGAAAUAUUAUAUUUCUGAUGAUGAAUGAAAUAUAUUGAUGAUGUAUCAAACGUGUCCAGGACAUGAUUUUUGCAAAAGAAAAA